UAAUUCCGCCGAAAAUCGCAGGCCAUGUAAACAGACGGAGGAAGGACAACAACUGGUUUAUGACACCCUCGAAAGCAGCCGGCGGAUUAGGGACUCCCUUUUCCAAUGGCCGAAAUACCCCAGGUAACAAGCCGAUCCGAUUAGUUUGGGCCAUGUUUUUUCGGCAAUGAAUGAACUGCUUUGGGGAAAUACCUGCCCCAGGUACCAAUGGUGGGAAAAUCUUAGGGAUUGCGGGCUAGCUCCUCUUGUGAUUACCUAAUGUUGCAUAAAAAUGGUCGCCAGGAGGAGGGGCAGCACAGUCGUCUCAAGGACAGCAAAGCACACACAACUCCCUCACAAUCAAUCAAUAAAUUAAUCGAUCAAGAUCAAAGAAUGGAGAACUAUAGCCACAAGAAGUUCACUGGAGCUCUGAAGCGCAAGCGCAGCACGGAUGGGGAAUCGGAUGACGAUGUGGUCUUCGUCAUGGAGCAGCAGCAGCCAGUUCACCGAACUCCGGAGCAGCAGCCGCAGGCCAAGCGUCGCUUUUUCCGACCCUGGCUGGACGAGCCUGCAGAGAAGGAGGUUCAGCCAGAGCCUCCGCGAAAGAUAGUGACCACCACACCCCCACCAAAGGACACCGCCUACCAUGCCAAUAUGGUGCGCAACCACCACAAGCGUCGCCAUCGCAGUCCCCAGGAGCAACUGCGUCGCGAUCGGAACACCUUGGCCAGCCUGCGCCAUCGGCGAUCCCAGCAGCAACAGCAGCAGAUCAUCGAGCAGGAGUACUUGAGCAGUCGCAUCCAGCACGAGGCCCAGCUGCAGCAGCAGAUCCGCCUGAGCCUCUACUACGUGCGCUUCCUGCAGCAGUCGAUGGCCUCCAUGGAGCCACUGACUCCCACGCAGCCCAAGCCGGUGCUUCCGCCUCGCCAGACCACCACCCAGCAUCCUUGA